AUGAUCGAUGACGAUGACGAGGAGGAGGAGCCGGACCCUACACGCCCCAGAGUGGAUGCCUUCUCCUCCAUGCCGUUGGCCGGCGUGCUUUCCACGGGGUACCGGAAGCUGGGAAUGCUGGUGGAGCAUCUGGAGACGCGAACCUGGGAGAUGCAGGUCAUGGGCGGUGGGCACAGGGUCACGGCAGACUGGGUGCUGAGAGAGAUCGACAAGUUCGCCCAGGGCCUCGGGAAAUGGCUCAAGGCCCUGGCUGUCGUUGACUUCCAUUAG